CCAAAAGCUGACAACAAUUUAAACCACUCAGAGGUACAGCAACUGUAGACUGAAACCUUGUUUCACAGACAGUGUUUUAAAGAUGGAUGUCUACUCACUAUGUACAGUGCUCCUGGUGCUUCUCAUCACCUGCUUGUUGGCUAAAUACAUUAGGAUGAUGCUGGAAAAAGCCAAACUUCCCCCUGGACCAACUCCUCUUCCCAUCAUUGGAACCCUCUACAAGAUGAACAUCAGUAAUAUUGUGCAGUCACUACUGGAGUUGCAAAAAACAUAUGGUGACAUCUUUACUAUAUAUCAAGGGAACCGUCCUUGCAUUGUGCUGUGCGGAUAUAAAGCUAUAAAGGAGACUCUGAUUGACAAGGCAGAAGAAUUCAGUGGUCGGGCUUAUUUCCCUGCAUUCUAUGACUUUACCAAGGGAGAUGAUGUGGUAUUCAGUAAUGGUGAAAAGUGGAAGGAGCUGAGGCAUUUUACCCUUUUAACACUGAGUAAUUUCGGAAUGGGGAAACGUAGCAUUGAGGAGCGGAUAAAGGAGGAGGCCGAGUAUCUCACUGAUGUUCUGAGAAAAACAAAUGGUUCCCUCAUAGAUCCCAAACAUCAAUUACACUGCUCUGUGUCUAACAUCAUCUGCUCUGUUCUGUUUGGGAAAAGGUUUGAUUACCAGGAUGAAGAAUUCCAAAAUCUUAUGCAUUGUGUCCAGGACAGCACCAGAAUCCUAUGUAAUCCUUGGGGCCUGUUAUACAACACCUAUCCAGAGUUCAUGAAGUACAUACCAGGACCUCAUAUGCAAAUGAUGAAGAAAUUUACAUCUGUAACAGACUACAUCAAGAAAAGAGUGGAAAACAAUAUGAAGACUUUGGACAGAAAUAACCCCAGGGAUUUUAUAGAUUGUUUCUUGAUCAAAAUGGAAAAGGAAGAGAAGAUCAAUGGCAGCUACUAUAACCACAACGCAUUGUUGAUGAACACCAUGAUUUUGAUUGUUGCUGGAACUGAAACAGUAGCCAAUACACUGUGUUUCCUCUUUUUACUUCUCUUGAAACACCCCAAUGUAGCAGAGAAAGUCUACCAAGAGAUAGAUGAUGUCAUUGGUUGCCGUUCUCCAAAUUAUGAGGACAGACAUAAUAUGCCUUAUACUGAAGCAUUCAUACAUGAGGUUCAGAGAUAUGCUAAUGUAGGUCCAAUAGGUCUUCCACGUGAGCUGAUCAUGGACACUAUGAUUCGUAAUUAUAUAUUCCGUAAGGGAACCAUGUUCCUCACACUACUGGCAGGUGUACACUAUGACAAGACCCAGUUCAAUAACCCAGAGGAUUUUAAUCCAAACAACUUUCUGGAUGAACAUGGAAAGUUUAAGAACAACAAUGCCCUGAUGCCAUUUUCAGCAGGCAAGAGAAUUUGUCCUGGAAUGAGCCUGGCCACUAUGGAAAUUUUCUUGUAUGUCACCACAAUGCUUCAGAACUUUACUAUCAAGUCAAUGGUGCCCCUUGAAGAGAUCUCAAUUGCUCCAGUGGGAGUGGGGAUUGUACAGAUCGCUCCAAACUAUGAAUUUUGCCUCUUACCUCGUUCAUUUUCCCAAUAAUAAAUGAAUCAUUUUGCUUGAGAAAGUGGCCCAUGAUCUGCAAAACGUAAUCGAUGGAAGGGGGUAUGGGCAGAAAAGUAGUACAUUAUCUGUUAGUUUUCUUGAAGGGAGUAUUGUAUGCAAAUUUUAGUUGGCUUCUUGGCUUGGCCAGAGGAAAGAAUUAUGAUAUUGCAACUAUUGCAAUGUAUAUUCUUAGUUUAGUUUUGGAAAAUCCGUAGCCUGUCAAGGCAUGUAUGACAUAAUUUAGAUGGACCUAUAUCUGUACAAAGGUAAGAGUAGCUGUACGCACAGUUUAAUUUUAUUUUUAUUUUAUUUUUGGAAUGGGAGUUUGUUUACCAUAAAAUUGAAAACAUUCUAUAUAAUUGCGCAUUUAUCUUUUAUUUAUUUUUUCAUCUUUUAUUUCUUUUUACUACAGUAUAUCUCUUUGUUAUAGCAGUGGAAUAGAUGUAAAUAAUAAGAUAAAGGACCACAUGUAUUAAGCCUUAACAAGAAAUAAAGUGGACAUGCAUAAAGAGUGAUAUAUGGCCAGCCAAUCAGCUCCCAACUGUCAUUUUUCAAACACAGCCUGUGACAUGGCAGAAAGGAAGCUGAUUGGCUGGUCGUUAUUCACUCUUUAUCCAUCUCCACUUUAUCUCUUGUUAAGGAUUAAUGCAUUUGAGCCAAAAUGUACAAAUGUACAUUUUGAAAUGUAAAACAUACUGUACGGUACUAGUUAUUGGAGAUUUGCUCGAUUAUAACCAGUGCUUUCAAAUCUUGUGAAAUGUCAAGAUAGCAUUGCCUACCACUGGCAUGAAACAGGACUGGACAGUUUUUUUUAAUUGUUCAGUCAUCUUCCUACUGUAGGAUUCAUGAGCCUGGGGGUAAAUUUACUAUGCCACAUGUUUGUGUUUUCCUGCAAUUUUACAUCAGAUUUGCAUCUGUUUUACAUCAGAUUACUACAGCAGAGGCAAAUAUCAUAUACAUUUGCAGGAACAAUCCAUCUCUGAAUGACAAUAGAUUAUCAGACCAACUAUUCAUGAUUGUUGUGAUAGAAGAAUAGAUAACUCCCGGGUUUAGAAUCCGUGGCAAAGCUGAUGGCAAACCAACCCAAAUAAAAGACCUGUGUCGGGUGGCCCCCAAACAAGGAAGCCAAUACUGGGAUCCUGCUCAAAAUGGGUGUGUGGCUUCACAGGUAGAGAUAUGAUCUGGUGCCAUAUGCCCCACCCAUUUUGGGGGGUGUCCAGCACACCCAGAGAUACUGGUUUAACCCAGGCUCUCCUCACACUCUAAACAGAUGGCAUGCUCCUGGGCAUACCCCCCAGAGCAAAAAAUGGGUGAGUAGCGUGCUGCAAGGCUAUCCCUCUACUCACAAUGGUCUGCCCCACUAACCAUGAAGCUUCUCCACCUCCAAAAUAAUUAACCAGUCCUGUGUUUCUGAGCCUAGGUUGGUAUUGGAAAAUAACCAGCACUUAGCUGGACUAUCUGGGACAACUGAUAGCACAGGGUCCAACUGCCAUAAUGGAAACCAGCUCCAAACUGGUCAAGCCAUGGUUGCAAUUCCUAGGGAAGUGGGAGCUGCCCAAACAAUGGAGUGUCCUCCCUACUCCCCAAUGGCAACCUGCCCUGGGCUUUCAGCUCAGAGCUUUUCUUGGCACACUCGUGUCUUUGGGUGCAAAGGCAAUAGUGUCAUUAAAAGGUUAAAUAAUAUUGUUCUUUAUAGUUAGACUAUUGGUGCCAGCAAGGCUGCCUGGGCAUGAUGGCACUAGUCAAACUGUGGGGGAGGGAAGCACCUCCUCCAAAGAUGUGUAGCAGUGUCCUGAUUGACUGUAUAGAGAACUUUAAGGUAUUUCUGUACACUUAUAAUUUUUUCAGAGGUUGGUCUCCUGUGUGGGACGCUGCUACACAUCUUCAGAUGAGACACUAGAUUACACCUACCACUACUGAAUUAUUGUAGAGUUGGAAGGCUGUAGAAUAGGAAAGCUGCAGGAGCAUUGAACAUCACACACCCCUUACAUUGUGGCUACAGCACCUUCUGAGAACAACCAAGCACCCAAGGACAACACCCCUAAUGCUACAGUUUAUGCUAAAUCAGCAUACUGUAGAUACAGGAAGCCAGGGGAGCUCCAAGCACUGCACUCAUCUUGGCGGUGAAGGAAAGGAACCACGAGAAUAUGACUUUGUUAGGCUUUUAGACUGAAUACCACACACUGUUGACAUCCACCCUCCACCCUCCCAUUAUCGGUCCCUACAGCCUAAUAAUGCCCAUCUAUUUAGUACAGUGGCACAUAUUCCCACAGGCCUGCUACCAACUUUAAGUGGACAAAAAUGUUUUUUUACUAUAGAUUUUUUCAAGUAUCAAGUGUGUUUUCUAUGAUUAUCUGUAAUUUUUUAUGGAUUUAUUACCAAAGACAAUCACAAGUAUAUAUUUCUGUGUAGAAUCAUUUAUAUUUUACCAUGUUUGUAUUUAUUUAUUUUCUUUUAUGUAUUGACUGCAUGUGUUUUAUCUGUUUUAAUACAUUUUAUAAUUUCAUUAGUCCUAUAUUCACUGUAUUGGUUGGUUUUUAGCACUGUUACACAUUUAUUACUUUUGCGCUGAAUUCAGAGAGACCAAACUCAUACCUUCAGUGAGGAGAUAAGUGACUACUAUAAAAUACAUUUAAAAACAUCUCCCUAUGAAAUUCCUGGGACUUUGACCCUAGUAGAAAGCUAGACCCAGGCUGUCCUGGCAAAUUACUGGGUCCAAAUGACUGACACAACAAUUUGUUCUUUUGUCUGAAAGGGUUAUAAAUUGUAAUAUAGAUACAAUAACUGAAAGAUUUAACAUAAAGAUUUAGUAUUUCUAAUGAAGGCUUUUCUCUGUCAUUCAGCAACUUUGUAUAAAUUAUAGUUUAGUAACUGCUGAGGGGCUUACAGGCAAUUGCAAAGCCUAACUGCACCUUUUCAUCCUUCCCUGCACACUGAAUUUAGGUAAAAGUAGUUAAUCCAGAGAUAAGUGGCAGGGCCGGUUCGAGUCCUCUCUGCGCCCCGGGCAGGAAAUGGGGGCGUGACUUAACACAGGGGGCGUGGUCAGUUACGCCCCCUGUACAGUAGUAGCGCCGCUUAAAUGCUGAGCGGUGCGCGAUGACGUCAUCGCGCACCGCACAACAAAAGGUCCUCUCCACGAAGGGAAACUAGAUGCGUAGCAUCUAGUUCCCUUCACAGGGGACACAGCCGCAAAGCUGGGGGACACAGCGGGCAGCGGAGGGCACAGCAGUGGCGGAUCUUGCCAUGGUGCGGCGCCCUCCGGAAGGCGGCGCCCCGGGCAAAAGUCCUGCUUGCCCGUGGCAAGAUCCGCUACUGAUAAGUGGUAUAACUUGUAAACCAUUUUGAAAAAUAUAUAUGACUCAUGUGGGAACAUAAAAUUAUUUAGUGUCUUCGUGAAAAAGGAGGUUGUGUUUAAUAAAAGGUCAUUCAUUAAA